GCCCCUCCAACAGCACCCCCCCUCCACAACACGCGGUAGACUGACUACCCGUGGAUUGACGCCUGCCUCUCACAGGCAGACAGGCCCGUCGCAAUUUUCAUUCCUUUUCACUCCCUGCCUUGUUAUAGUCUUGUCUGCCCUUUUCCCUCUGUCUGCGGGCAACUCUCUCUCAACCUUGGUUUUGGUCUUGGCGGUCUGUAAUAAUUACCAUUGAUUGAUUCCCUCCCAUCCACCCCCUCCGACCAGGUUCCCACCCCUCUCGAUUCGACUUUCCUUGGCUGAGGCCUGCAGCAGCAUUCCCGGCGGUACUGCAUAGGCCACAUAGGAUAGAUUUUCCUAGUUGUCGUUUUCGCGACGGCACACACACUCUCUCUCUCUCUCUUUCUUUCUCUCUCUCUAUCUCUCUCACGCAGUGUACCGACGCCCAGGGCCAAGGAUUGAGCCUCUUGCGCUCGCCUCGCCUUGCAAGCGGCCGGCUAAGCUGGCUCUCCUGUGCCGCUCCAAACAGCCCAAAACCGAGAUCCAGGAUUGUCAGGGUCAUCCAGGCACGCCUCGAAACACUCGGUCUCCCAGCACCUGCAGACCUGCAGCACCGCGGCACUGCAUAGUGGUUAAGCUCUGACCCUCGGCUCCGGGAGGUACUGGCCAGGACAGGACUGGACUGGACAGGACUGGACAGGAUCAGGAACGGGAUAGGACAGGCAAAAGGCAACGCAGCUUGCUGGGGUCUCCUACACUGUCAGACGGGGGGUCCCUUCUGCCCUUUCUGGCCAGUGACCCCAGGGCGAGACCUGGCGACCCGGCGACCAGGCGACCAGACGACCAGACAGACACCAGGCCCGGUCUGGUCUCCAGUCACACACUCACAACACCCCCCCCCCCGAGUCCACUCCAGAUUCGUCGCGUCGCAGACUGCCCGACCCGGCCCUGAGCCCUGAAGCAAUCUGGCCCACGAGCCGGCUGUCGAGGUCCCUGAGGUCCCCUCGCAUAGAGGACCAUGUCGCAGCUUUCGCACCAGAGUAGGGAACAUCCGUCUGAUGCCCACGCCUACUCUUCUCCCUCCCCCCGUCCGCCACCGCCGCAGCGGCCUCACCAUCAUCUUCAACACGGCCAAUCUCACGCCCGUCUCCAGCCUCAACUUCAACCUCAACCUCCUCACAGUCCCGGCCACUCUUACUACGCCCCCGGCCCUCCCUACACUCCUGUGUCACCCACCAGUGCAUCCCAGCUCGACUAUGCCCAGGACAGCCCUACCGUAGGCCGAGCUCAGGUCCACCACAUUCGAGGCCCUCACUCUGGGCCCAUCCCUAGCCCCAUCACCAUCGUGCCCCUUGGCGGUGUUCAUGCCUCAGGUUCAGCUUCUGGCUCAGGUUCUGGCUCAGAUUCACCAGCAUCCGGCUCCGGCACCCUGACCUCAUCUGCACCCACUAGUCCCUUGCCCAGCGCUGGCCCCAGAUUCCGGAAACCUGCACCCAGCCCGCUGCAUAAUACUACGGCCAUCUCUCCUCCCAACAGCCCCAGUCCUAGGAAAUCACAUUUCCAGAUCUCCUUUGGCGCACACGGCUCGCCCAUUAAUUCACCAACCACGCCUUUGGCCUCGCAGACAAGAAGAGCCCCACAGGCCGCGGAACCAUUACCGCGACAAAGAACGGUAGAAAGCAUCGAUACCGAGAAGUCCUACUACCACAGCGAUUCCUCGGGUACAGCAACUCCUGACGACAACAAGACAGCACCUGGAUCCUCGUUGCCCCCACGACUCGCGCAUGACAGCAGAAGCGUCUCCGACCCCGUGAAGAAGCCACUUGGGGCCUCGACCAACUCAUCUUCCCAGGCCAUGCCUGGGUCCUCGAGGAUGGAGAAGGUGAAGGGCGCUCCAAGGAACUCCUCCAUCGACUCAGCCAUCUCCGCCAUUUCCACCGGGUCCUCGACCCCCAAGAACUCCCAAGAUGGCUCCUCGAGCCCUGCCGAUAUCUCAAAGCUGAUAAAGGCUGCCGGCUCCCCCGAGGCGGUAAUACAAUAUUUGCUGAAAGAGAAGAACUCGCAGACACAACAGAACUCGCAGCUAUGGCGUCUCGUGGACAAGCAGAGGGCCAUGAUACUUGGCCUCAACAAAGACCUGGAGCGAGCCCUGAAGGACAAAGAAAAGUACAGGAAGAAGCUCAAGGAGGUUAUGACCUUGCAGACCAUCCCUUCGGUCUCCUCAGCUUCGGCAGUGCAGGGCCGAGAAUCUCCCGCCAGCCUCGCACCCGCGGACGACGACGACGACGAUACUGCGAAGAAGGCUUCCCCCGACGUGCCCGCGUCGCCCAGUGUCGAGUCCGAGAACAUGAGACAUUCUCCCAUCGAUGUUUCGAUGGCACCAUACCCGAUCACGCCGCCAGCAGAUCAAUGCAGCAAUGGUCCUCCUUCCGCCGUGGGUGAAAUGCUAGAUCCCUCACAUUCUAUGCCCGAAGCGAGCGAGCACGCCCUGGACAAUUUUGAUCACGACGCCCAAGAGAGGGCAGCCGAAGUGUCGAAGGAUCUUGCCAGUUCGAGUAACGACAUUCCCAUCAAUUUCGCACUGCCACCUUCGAGAUCUCUGCCAGAGCGUCCUCCGCCUCCCCAGGGUGCGCUACCGGCACCACCGCGGCAAGCUGCUCGCUCAGAACUCGACGCCUUUAUCGACGAGGACGGCACCUCACGCUUCCCAUCUGUACCAGCACCGCCUCCGAGAAAACCACCACCGGCACCUCUGCACCUCAAGGACCAAGAGUCCGGCCCCGCCUACCCGGCAGAUGAGGAUUCUGAGAGUGACUCGGACUUUGACGAUAUUCUCGAGGUCAAUGAGAUUGCAGCGGAAAAGCGCGGCCGUCGGAGGACACGGCAGGAGGACGAUGAGCUGCGUGAAGUCCUCGUGCUAAAAGAGGCAGAGGCGCGGAGCAUCUCCAAGAAGAGCAAGGGUAGCGCGAAGGGGCCGCCGGAGGAGCCCACCCCACAACUAAACAUGGCGCAGAGCUCUCCAAGGGCGCUGAAUAGGCCAAACGCCCCGGGCUCUCUUGCAGGUAUGCUGGAUAAUAACAUGUCCAGCACUGCCCUGCCUCUGCGUAGCCCUGGAUUGCCUCUGAGUCCUCGGCCCAUGCAGUUGGGCGAGGGGCCGAGCUCCCCACCUCAGUCGCCACGGCACAACGGCCUUGCGGUGCCCCUAUCACCUCGUGCUCCCCGGCAAGCAAUCCCCCUGCCCCCAAAUACGCCUCUCCAGACUCCACCGGGCGAACCGCUUGUUUUGAAGUCGCCACAACCCCUGAACAUUGUCAAGGCCGCCGUUGACGGGGAGGCCGCUAGCAGUCCAACUUCGGAGAGUCGUGUGAGCCAGACUGAGCGAACCAGAAUUUUCAAGGGCUUUGUUACCGAGGAGUACCCCGACCUUCUACUGCCACCAAACGCCAUACCUUCUGUUAUUGUCAAAGUUGCGUCGUCGAGGAUGAAGCCGUCGCGCGCAAGCUUGAUUUCACUGACACAACUAGAGGAGGAUCCCGUGUUCACAUUAGCAGUCAUCUCGCGAUCCGAAGGCGGAGAACUCUGGCGGGUCGAGAAGGACUCGGUAUCCCUCGCAAAGCUGGAUCAGAGGCUUAAGCAGUGUGCAGCAUUCACCGCGAAGACCCCAGACCGGACAUUGUUCAGCGGCCACGCUCCGGCAAAACUCGAUGCCCGCCGCCAAGCCCUGGACCAGUAUCUUGACGAAGCGCUCAACACUGCAUUCGACACCCCUAGCGCCAUAGAGCUAUGCAAAUACCUGUCUAGCAAUGUUCUGCCUCCGAAUGCUGAUGAAAUGGGCUCGUCGACAGGCCCGUCUGACGAAGGAGGACCUAGACUGGGACCUGGCGGCCGACAGUUCAAGACCGGCUACUUGACCAAGAGAGGCAAGAACUUUGGCGGUUGGAAAGCGAGAUUUUUCAGCGUCGAAGGCCCUCAGCUGAAGUACUUUGAGACGCCCGGGGGAGCACACCUGGGGACUAUCAAACUUCCAGGAGCUCAGAUUGGCAGACAAUCCCAGCAAGGCGGAGACGCGCCCUCGCCGUCACGCCCCACCGACGAGGCCGAGAACCAAUAUCGCCACGCGUUCCUCAUUUUGGAGCCCAAGAAGAAGGAUCCCAGUGCCAUGACCAAACAUGUGCUCUGCGCUGAGAGUGACAAAGAACGCGACCAAUGGGUAGAGGUCUUACUGCAGUGGACCAACUUCAAAGAGGCGGACGACGACAACAAGCGCGACCAUGCUCAGGACCGACAGAACUCGAACCAAGUGAAGGGUGCAAAUGCGAAGAAAAAGCUGCACCCCCGCCCUCAACCACAACAGUCCAAAGACAGCGAGGACGCUUUGAUCGGUGUUAGCUACGACACCACAAAGCAGGGCGAUGUUCCGAAAAUGGGCGGCCACGACCUCCCGCAGCCUUCUCCAGCGGCGGCGAUGGGACCCCAGUCGUUGUACAGCAUCUCUGCUCCACGAGAUCCACAAGUGAUAUCUGACAUGUCCAUGUGGGGCAAUAAGAUGGGUGGUCUCAACAUUCCUCCCGGCUUGGACGAGAAGAAAGUGAAGAAGCGUAGUUUCUUCGGCUUUGGGCCAAAGCAGAGGUCCUCGAGCGAUGGGACUGACUCCCUCUUCGGUGAGAGCUCUGGAUCCCCAGGUACUUCAGCGGGCUCCAGGGAGGUGUACUCUGGACCCGUCCGCCGGACAUUUGGCGCUCCUCUCGCUGAAGCGGUGCGUUAUAACUCACCUAGAGACAUACGGGUACCGCUGCCGGCUGUGGUCUAUCGCUGCAUACAGUAUCUCGAAGCCAAGGGAGCCAUCACCGAGGAAGGCAUUUUCCGUCUCAGCGGCUCCAACGUCGUCAUCAAAUCGUUGAAGGAGCGCUUCGACAAUGAGGGUGACAUUAAUCUGCUCGCAGACGAGCAGUACCAUGACAUACACGCCGUUGCCUCCAUGCUCAAGGCCUACCUGCGGGAGUUGCCGACAAGCAUAUUGACUCGGGACCUGCACUUGGACUUUGUCGCAGUUACCGAGAUGAGCAGCCAAGCUGAAAAGAUCGUUGCGCUGAACGAGCUCGUCACCAGACUCCCACAGGUCAAUGCCACACUGCUCAAGUACCUGAUUGCCUUUUUGAUCAAGAUUAUCAACCACGCCGAUCGCAACAAGAUGACCGUCCGCAACGUCGGCAUCGUCUUCUCGCCAACGUUGACUAUUCCUGCUCCAGUGUUUGCCCUUUUCCUGCAACAUUACGAGGCCAUCUUCGGCAUCGUUCCCGAGGAGUACGAACUGCCCACACCAGCAUCGUUCGAAGAGCAACGUGGGAGGGAGCCUGCGCUCGACCUUCCACCCAGGCCAUCAACAUCUAGUGCAGCCAGAGAAUCUCCGCACCGUCACCGUCUCGCUGAGGCACUUCAGGAGGGACGAAGGGGCAACACGCCCCCUCCUGCCGGGUUGAAUCCCUUGGGCGGGUUCACGCAAGCGAGAUCCACACCGACUCCACCUCUCGUCCAACAGCGCACCUACGAACCGUCUUACUUGGCCCAGCAAAGUGUUGGCGGCCCUAAUGUCCAGAUCCGUCCUGCGUACGAGAGCAUGUUGAUGGCCCCCGGCCCUGACGCCAGUCAAUUCUACGCGGCACAGCAGCGUAUGGUCAACCCCGGCUACGAUCGACCCAUUUAUGAGACCGGUGCCGCCGCAUACGAUCAGCCACAGUCCGUUCGAGCUAGCCGCAGGGAAAGCACCAUGAUGAUGAUGGGCCCUCCGAGGGGUCUCACGCCACAAAGCUCCAUGGGUCGUCUCAGAGAGGACCCUCAAUUCUGAUUUAUGCACACGAAGUCUCACGAAUGCCAAACUCUCAGCAUCCGCUCUUGAUGGAGCACCACUAGCAAGGAGCAUGAUUUUCCACGAAUUGCUUCGAUUCUAUUUUGUCAUCCAAGAUACCACGCAGUCGUUCCCGCCCAGCGCCCAUCAUACCAAGCAUCCACAGUGUUGGCGGUGGCUCUCGGGGCUGCCCACCCCCCCAAAACCCGCGAACCCACAAACAUAAAAUCCGAAUGUCGAUCGAGCAACCAUGAGCCUACGGACUGGCGCCAUAGCGAUAGCGAAUCUUUCAAACACCGCACACAAUACUAAUAAUCAGCUAAUCACGCUCACUCACCUCACACCGGCCUCCUGGAUGAUACCACCAUCAGAACGGCGUGGAGCAUUGGCAUUGAUUGCUUUGGGCUAUUUCUCUUGUAUUUCCUUUGCCACUUGAAUAUCUUAUUCUUCUUUUUGGAAAUAUCCAUGAUACCUGGAGGGAAGAUGGGGAAUGGGAUGAGGCCCGGGGUAACGGGAAGGAAUGGCGCCCCCCAGGGGCAACACAAACAACAUGUAUAACAUACAAAUUUAUGCGUCCCUACCAAUUUAGCCAUUCAGGCUCGGAGUUGAACAGAGAUAGAGCGGAUUCCUGGCGGUGAAUGUCAGAUCUCCCCUCUCUUCGAGGGAGAUGGUGAAGGUGGCUCUUUCGUCUUUUGUUUUUCUAUUUUCUCUCUAUUCGGAUUUCUGCACGGUGUUCGAUGGUGUUAAGCGUCGGCCCUCGUUUACUUCUUCUCUUUCCGGUCACAUAGGACCGGCCUGCCGCUGCUGGUGCCUACGACACACCCAUAUAUCUAUGCACCCCCGGGGCGCUUGACAUGUUGUGGUUGGAUCUUGCAUGUCUCUAUCUCUGUCUCGCGGGAGAGGUAGCGAGGAGUGACGAAAAUUAUACAAAGAUAAAAUGGAAGAUGUUUAAUUUGCUCA